AUGUUACCCUUUGUCAAAAACUCAGUAAGCCAUCUCCAAGUUCAAAGCUUUCAGCAAGCCGUGGCAAGGCAGAGCCACCAGAAAUGGACACCUAACUUUCAUGACCAAUACAGAAAUGCUAUGUUAGCAGGUGGAGUCCUCUUCUGUGUUUCUACAUGGACAUAUACAGCAACACAAAUUGGCAUAGAAUGGAACCUGUCUCCUGUUGGCAGAGUCACCCAAAAGGAAUGGAGAGAUCAGUAG